AUGAGGGCUCUGGCGCGGCGCUGCUGGGGACCGCGCCUGGCCGGUGGGGCGGUGGCCGCGAGGCCGAGCCCCCGGUGGCGGGCGCUGACCGGGCUCGGUGGAGGAGACGGCCGGGACGCCCGGGUCCGCGAGAAGCCGCCCUGGCGGGUGCUCUUCUUCGGCACGGACCAGUUCGCCCGCGAGGCGCUGCGGGCGCUGCACGCCGCCAGGGAGAACAAGGAGGAAGCGCUGAUCGACAGACUGGAGGUGGUCACCGUGCCGUCGCCAUCGCAGAGAGGGCUGCCAGUGAAGCAGUUCGCAGCGCAGGCUCGGCUGCCGGUGCACGAGUGGCCGGAUGUGGGCGCUGGGGAGUACGACGUGGGAGUCGUCGCCUCGUUUGGCCGACUUUUGAGUGAGGCUCUUAUUCUUAAGUUUCCCUAUGGCGUGUUGAAUGUGCACCCCAGCUGCCUCCCGAGGUGGCGUGGGCCAGCUCCGAUCAUCCACACGGUGCUGCAUGGAGACGCGGUUACUGGAGUGACCAUCAUGCAGAUCAGACCCAAAAGGUUUGACGUAGGCCCGAUUGUCAAGCAGGAAACCAUUCCUGUGCCACCCAGGAGCACUGCGAAGGAGUUAGAAGCGGUGUUGUCAAGACUGGGGGCCAACAUGCUUAUUUCAGUUCUGAAGAAUCUGCCUGAAAGUCUGAACCGUGCCAGGCAGCAGCCAGCUGAGGGGGUGACGUACGCUCCUAAGAUAUCUGCUGGCACCAGCUGUAUAAAAUGGGAAGAACAAACUUCAGAGCAAAUAUUCAGACUUUAUCGUGCCAUUGGAAAUAUAAUUCCGUUGCAGACACUCUGGAUGGAGAAUACUGUUAAACUUCUGGAUUUGGUAGAAGUUAACAAUUCAGUCCUUGCUGAUCCGAAACUAACAGGACAGACUGUUACUCCAGGUUCAGUAAUAUACCACAAGCAAUUGCAAAUACUGCUGGUUUGUUGCAAGGAUGGCUGGCUUGGCGUCCGAUCAGUGAUGCUUAAGAAAACACUCACAGCUACUGACUUCUACAACGGAUAUCUGCACCCUUGGCACCAAAAAAAUUCCCACGCUCCACCAAGCCAAUGCAGAUUUCAGACUCUCAGACUUCCAGCGAAGAAGAAGCUGGUGAAAACAGUUGUUGCUAUGCAACAGUGCAUUAAAUAAGAAGAAGAUGGACAAGAACCUAUUCCAUACUUGUCACUUAUUAAAAGCCUUAUUUAUAAGGAAUUGCCUUGACUUUUAAAAUAAAAGAUGACACUGUUGGAGAAAGAGAAGAUUACUGUCAAAAACAUGGAAGGCCUCACUUUCCACUUGUUGAGUAAUGGUAAAAAGCAGCAUUUUUUGAAUAACAAAAGAAGUUUAAAUAAAAUUUGGAUUUAUAAUGUCAACCUCAAGGAGAUUAUAUCAUACCCUAAGAGCAAGGGCAACUAACUGGCAUGUGAAUAGAUUUUGAAGACAGGUUAUUUUUAAAAACAGUGCAACUGUUAAUUUUUAAAAAUUAAUUAAUUUGAGUGGCAGAGAGAGAACUCUCAUCUGUUGGGUAUCCCCUCCCCUCCCAAAUAGCUGUAACAGCCUCCAGCUGGAGCCACAGCCAGGAACUGGGAGCUCACUCCAGGUCUCCCAUGUGGGUUACCCGAGCCAUCACCACUGCCUUCCAGGGUCUGCACUGGCAGGGAGUUGGAGCCAGGGAUCGGAGCCAGGUGCUCCAGUGUGGGAUACAGGCAUCUCAAUUUCUAGGGCCCCCUGCUGGGGGAUUUUUGAGGUCCUUCUGUGUUAGCUUUUCCUGCCUAGAGUUAUCAGCUAAAGUUUUUUACUCAAUUGUUCAUUCAACAACAGAGUGAUUGUAUAAUUGCUCAUCUAACUUUAAUGAGAAGACGGAAGCGCUUAGAAUAAUUACUCCAGGCCAACAGGCAUAAACCAGGACUCUCCCUGCCCAGGCAAAUGAGGUUGCAUGGACAUCCUGGGUAUUGAGUGUUUGUUGUAUAACCAGCCUCUGGAGGCAACCAUAAAAGCAGACGUAUUUGAGCAUAUAAUGGAGACACCAGAGCAGGUGAACAGUGUGAGGUUCCAAACCAUGAGUCCACUGUGAGGACAAAGGCCUGAGGGGCACUGUCACACGCGCAGAGGCUCGGGCUGCAGAGGAGGCUCUUACGUGUGGUCUGGUUAUGUGGUCCUUUGGCUGGGCAAUGGGAGCAUGAUUACCCUUAUAUUAUUUUGCUUCAAACUAUAAGUCUGCUGUAUAGUCUUUUACAAGGAUGAGCUAGUUAUUUAUGAGGGUACUCCAAAAAGUUCAUAGAAAUGGAAUUAAAAGUUAAGGUUUAUGGCCCGGGAGUGCAGUGGAGGAUGGCCCAAGUCCUUGGGCCCUGCACCCGCAUGGGAGACCAGGAGAAGCACCUGGCUCCUGGCUUCGGAUCAGCACGAUGUGCCGGCCGCAGCGGCCACUGGAGGGUGAACCAACGGCAAAAAGGAAGACCUUUUUCUCUGUCUCUCUCACUAUCCACUCUGCCUGUCAAAAAAAAAUAAAUAAAUAAAAGAAGAAAAAAAAAAGUUAAGGUUAUGUUGCUGCAAAAAAAAAUCUUGAAAUACACGCACAAGUGUUUCCUAAUGCGCAGUUUUUCCACGAACUUGGGGAUGCCUCAUGGGCACAGUUUGUUGGCUCCGUUUCUCUGGAGGCCCUGGACUAAUGCAUCACCGUGGCCUAACUACUCUCUCGUCCGUCUCGGGCCCGCAGCGAUAUUUGCUCCUCUGGGUGGCAGCAGCAGCUUGUGGAGCCGCCUUAGACCAGGAGGAAGAGAACAGUUUUAGGACAGGAGUGGAUCUGUGUAACUCGGAAUGUCAUUUUAGAAGUGAAACGCGGCCCACCACCAGCUGGCUAGUGACAAGCCCAACAUGGGGACCUGCGGACUGCAGCAGACUUGAGAAGAAAAGAUUUACCCUGGUUUAGAAGACAAAAGAAAUGUCUCAGCAUAAAAUCGAGCUGCUGAGAACAGCUGCCAAAAGGAUGUUUACUGCGUUUAUAAUUGUUUUUAAGGCAAUACAACCUGGUUUCAUCAAACAAUCUCUAGGUGAGAGUACAGUGCAGCAUCGACAGGCAGUCCUAGAGUCUACAGACCCAGCCUGGCUCCAGCCGCCACUGCGCAUAACCCAGGGCUGCUUUGUAACCUCUCGGAGCCUGUUUCCGUAGCCACUAAUGGACAGAUUGUACCUGCUCUGCCAGGGGUGUCAUGAGGACCAGAAACGAUAGGACACCUAGCCAGUGGCUGGCUCACAGCGGGUUCUCAGUACCAUUGCUAUUAGCUGACAUUUACCAUGUUCCAGCACGAGUCUAAGGACUGGAUCUGAACUCUCUACUUUUAUUUUUGCAGUAACCUUGUGAAGCAGGUACUGGCAAGAUCCUCAUCUUUCCAGAAUGCCAGAAUUCACACUCCAGCCAUCUGACUCCAAUGUGCAGGCCUGACUGCUCCACUACCACGCCUCUGUCUGCACACUUGAGUAAUUUUUUUUUUUUUUUUUGGAAGGCAGAGGGAGAGCGGGAGAUUGUCCAUCUGCUGGUUCACUCCUCAAAUGGCCAGAAUGGCUAGAGCUGGGCUGAUCAGGAGCUUCUUCCAGGUCUCCUACAUGGGUUCAAGGCCCAAGCAGUUGGGCUGUCUUCUACUGCUUUCCCAGGCGCAUUAGCAGGGAGCCGGAUUGGAAGUGAAGCAGCCAGGUCUCAAACUGGCAUCCGGAUGAGUGCGGGUACUGCAGGCACCAUAGCACUGGCCCCUGCAGACAUUUUUGUCCUUAAUUAAGGAAUGUAAGGUGUUAGGUGUCUGUGCUCAGAAAUGAAUUGAAGGACAUGUAGAUACUGUACUAGACAAUUUCAUAAAGAUUUUAGUUUUUUCUCAUUUUUUUACUUCUAAGAUUCAUGAACUUUUCUAGAACCCUACAGAGAAAAGCUGCUAUAUUUUAGGGCAAAAUAGUGCAACUCUUGUCUUGUGGUGCUCUCAUUGCUGUUCUUCCAGAAAGUGGAUUACAGGGCAGGUGUUUAGCCCAGCAGCUACGGUGCCAGUUGAGACGCCCACACCUCAUUGGAGAACCUGAGGCUCAUGCUGAGCUCUGGCUCCCUACUGCAGCUUCCUGUGGGGCAGACCUUGAGAGGCUUUGGGGACAGCUCAAGUAAUUGAAUCCUGCCACCCACACGGGAGACCUGGAUUGAGUUCCUAGCUCCCAGCUUUAGCCUGGCCCAGUCCUGGCUAUUGUAGACAUUUGGGAAGUGAACCAACAGGUGGGAGCUCACUCUGUCUCUCUGCUUCUAAAAGAGAGAGAAGGAAAGAGAAAAUUACUCAUUGUUACGUUGGCAGGUGAUAGAAAAGAUGGGGUACCUUUGCUUAGGAACUUUUAAAGGGUAAUAAUGAGCAAACUAAUGUUUCCAGGAAUAAAAUUUUGCUUCUAUUAAACAGGCAUUUCUAUGGGUCCUUUUUAGAAGCAAGGAGGGGAAUACAAUAAAGAGCAGCUCUGGGAAGGGCUGUGUAAUGUUCUUUAAGCCGUGUCUCAUACAUGUACAGAAUCUAACAUACUAGAAUUGGAAAGAACUUUAUAUCACGUAGGCCACACUUGGAUUUGUGUUUCAGAGAAGGGAGCCAGCCCUACAGAGAACUGCCUUGCCCAAGGACAGAACGCAGGUUUGCGUCCCAGAGGACAGUAAACUAUUAAUUACAAGUAACUGUAUAUAACCGGUUUGAUGCAGCUUUUAGGGAGCAAGCUUCAGAACAGCCAUGUCAGCAUCUUUGUCAGGCGGCUCCAGAAUGCCCACUCCACGCCUGCUCACUAAUCCACUGCAGUGUGCACUUGACAGAGUUGGUCUGGCAGUGAGGGGACAGCUUCACUUCCCAUCCUGGCUCUCUGCGUAAUCUGGUGGGCAGCACUGCAGUGAGUUGUGCGCUGGGAAGCUUCGAGUGGAUGGUAUUCCAAGGAUUGGAUUAGUCUGGAAAAUCAAGUACUUACUUCUCUUUCAGUGUUUCACACAUCCGUGGCCCUGGGGGUAAAGAGGGUGUCCACUCCGACCGGAGGCAUCCAGGUAGAGGGCAGAGCAUGUACCAAAGCCUAGAGGGUUGAGGCAUCAUGGGGUUGGGGGGCCCCUGCGACUGGUAGGGAGCACACUGGGCUCACGAAGAGCAGAGUGGAGAGCCAGACCUGCCGUAGUCUGUGUAACAUGGACUUUAGCUGGAAGGCAGUGGGGAGCUACUGAAGGAUUC